AAUAUUUUGUGAAUACAAGAUUGAUGCCCACCAUACAUAAUAGCACAGUGGACAAAACAAGGGCAAUUUUGAUUUAUGCAAUCCUACAUGGCAUGAAGAUGGAUGUCAGGAACAUCAUCUUCUCUCAAAUCCAAUUCUCGGCCAGUAAUGCUCAAAAUAGCUACUCAUUCCCUCAACUCAUCACUGUAUUGUGUCGUCAAGCGAGAGUACCAUAUACUUUGGAUGAAGCGUUAAUUCAGCCAGGGAUUUGUUUGACUAUUAAGUACUUGGAUAAACUCUCCAUGGGGAAAUCAGCAAGAGCAUCAAAGAAGAAGAGUGCCUUAACAUCGUCUUCAACAACACCACUCAAGGAUAAGGACAAGAUAUUGCAUGCUAAGAUGGAUGCCAUUCAAGAGUAUCAACAUCAACAAACUGCAUGGAUGACUAAGCAGUUUCAAGUCCUCUUUGAUAUGCAACGUAAGCACUUUGAGCGAGACCGGCCAGAUGUUUCCAAGUUCAAACUGAGUUCUUAAAGAUGAUAUUCAAAUAAAGGUUAUAUCGACGAUGAAAUAUGGGACGACAAGAAUCAAAUGGUUCAUGAUUCGGAGCUGAAACAAAGAAGUUAUGACGAUUUGAAAUUAAAGUGAAAGUCUUGGAAAACGUUCUAGUUUUGAACAUGCAACAGUAAUUUGAUAAUAACUUGAGCUAUAGAUUUUGGAUUGAGAUGAUUCUUGAACUGUUAGAAAGCUGAUUCAAAGGGAUACAAUUCAUAUUUUUACCACUUGGCAAGAUUCGAACGUUAUCAAGCUCAAAAACCACUGUCUUGUCAAGAUUGCAAGUUCUGGGGCAGAAUCAACUAUGCGUAGGCACAGUGUCGUGGCACAACAGCUAUUUUGGACUUUGUUACAUUAAAUUUAUGACGUGUAUUUCCUGUUUUAAGAGUUCUAAAGUGAUUGGGAUAGUGGGAAUCAUAACCCUAAAACCCUAGGAGGAUAAAUAGAUGUCUUUAGUUGAUUUUUUGGGGAGGAGAAUGGAGAGAAGUUCAGCUGCUCUUUGUAGAUUGCAAAUUC